CAAAAUCCUACAGGCCCAACUUCUAUUCCUGGCCCUCUUUCUCGCCCCAACGUCUGUCUUUAUUCUUCGCUCUUCACCAAGUUCAAAUUCAAAUUCAGCCUCUCUCGGUCGCUCGCGCUCCCACUCUCUCUCUCUCUCUCUCUCUCUCUCUCUCUCUCUCUCUCUCUCUCUCUCUCUCUCUCUCUCUCUCUCGCACAAUGGCGACCAACAAUGGCUUCCUCGCCACGCCCACUAAAACCCCAUCUGAAAAAUCCGCUGCCAGAAAGCACCACAACUCCACGGACGGUCGCUCGUCCGACUUCAAGUCCCGAUUCGAGGCCUACAAUCGCCUUCAGGCCGCCGCAGUGGCCUUUGGCGAGAAGCUUCCGAUUCCUGAGAUCGUCGCCCUCGGCGGCCAAUCCGACGGCAAGAGCUCACUCCUCGAAGCCCUCCUCGGCUUCCGUUUCAAUGUUCGCGAGGUCGAGAUGGGCACCCGAAGACCCCUCAUUCUCCAGAUGGUCCACGAUUCCACCGCCCUCGACCCUCGAUGCCGCUUUCAGGAGGAAGAUUCUGAAGAAUAUGGAAGCCCAAUUGUUUCGGCGUCGGCCAUUGCAGACAUUAUAAGGUCCCGAACUGAGGCACUUUUGAAGAAGACUAAGACUGCUGUUUCUUCUAAGCCAAUUGUGAUGAGAGCAGAAUACGCUCACUGUCCCAAUCUCACCAUUAUCGAUACUCCAGGUUUCGUUCUUAAGGCGAAGAAGGGAGAACCAGAUAACACACCUGAUGAAAUUCUUUCUAUGGUCAAGUCAUUGGCUAGUCCUACGCAUCGCAUUCUCUUGUUCCUUCAGCAGAGUAGUGUGGAAUGGUGCUCAUCAUUGUGGUUGGAUGCCAUACGCGAAAUUGACCCAACCUUUAAAAGAACAGUAAUUGUUGUCUCCAAAUUUGAUAAUCGCCUUAAGGAGUUUAGUGACCGUUGGGAAGUGGAUCGAUAUUUGGGUGCAAGUGGUUACCUUGGGGAGAACACUCGUCCAUAUUUUGUGGCCUUGCCAAAGGACAGGAGCACUGCCUCAAAUGAAGAAUUCCGCAGGCAAAUAUCUCUAGUUGACAUAGACAUCUUACGUCAUCUACGUGAGAGUGUCAAGGGAGGUUUUGACGAAGAAAAAUUUAGGCCUUUUAUUGGUUUUGGUUGUCUGAGAGAUUAUUUGGAAUCUGAGCUCCAGAAAAGAUACAAAGAAGCUGCACCAGCAACUCUAGCUUUACUUGAGCAGCGCUGCAGUGAAGUCACCAAUGAGCUGGUCAGAACGGACUCUAAAAUACAAGCGACAUCUGAUGUUUCCCAUCUUCGGAGAUCUUCCAUGUUGCAUGCAGCUUCCAUCAGCAAACAUGUGGGAGCAUUGAUUGAUGGAGCGGCAGAUCCUGCGCCUGAGCAGUGGGGGAAAACAACAGAGGAGGAGCAGCUGGCAAGUGGUAUUGGGAGCUGGCCUGGUGUUAUUGCAGAUAUAAAACCUCCCAAUGCGACCCUUCGGCUUUUUGGAGGAGCUGCUUUUGAAAGGGUGAUGCAUGAAUUCCGCUGUGCUGCCUAUUCUAUUGAAUGUCCUUCUGUAUCAAGAGAGAAGGUGGCAAAUAUCUUACUUGCCCAUGCUGGCCGAGGUGGGGGCAGAGGGGUAACAGAGGCAGCUGCAGAGAUUGCACGUGCAGCUGCUCGGUCAUGGCUUGCUCCUCUUCUUGACACGGCUUGUGAUCGACUUGCUUUUGUUUUAGGAAAUCUCUUUGAUCUUGCUGUAGAGAGAACACACAGUAGUGACUCAGAUUAUGGGAGAAAAAGUGGAGAUAUGGAUGGCUAUGUAGGUUUUCUUGCAGCUUUAAGGCGCAGCUACAAUUGCUUCAUAAAGGAUCUUGCUAAACAGUGCAAGCAACUAGUUCGGCACCACCUUGAUUCUGUUACAAGCCCAUACUCCCUGGUCUGUUAUGAUAAUGACUUUUCAGGAUGCUUUGGCUCAGGCACAACCUCUUUUAAUAGAUUUAACCAAGCUUCAGCAGGUUCAUUUUGUUUUGAGCUAUCUGAUGGCGGUCAGCCUGCACAGAACAAUGAAACAAUGAAAGAUCAAGAAAAUAUACCUCCAGAAAAUGCUGCGCAGCAAAUCACACCAGGAAAAAUUGCAGAAGGCAGAGAAACUUUACGUGAGUGCCAGAUGACUGUGCCUGAGACUCCGUCACCUGACCAGCCAUGUGAUGUUUAUGGUGUUGUAAAGAAGGAGCAUGGAAAUUGCAUUGAAAUGGGAGCAAGAAAAAGGCAUUCCAGAAUGAUGGGAAAUAGCAGAGACUCGGAUCAUUUUAGAAUCCAAAAUGGUGGGGGUCUUUUAUUUGGAAAUGGAGAUAAUAAUGCUUUAAGGUCAGGCUCAGCUUACUCAGAGAUAUGUUCAUCUGCUGCACGGCACUUUGCACGGAUCCGUGAAGUUCUGGUUGAGCGCAGUGUGGCAUCAACUUUGAACUCAGGGUUUUUAUCACCUUGCCGAGAUCGGCUUGUGUUGGCACUUGGCUUGGAUUUGUUUGCCGUGAAUGAUGAGAAAUUUAUGGAUAUGUUUGUUGCACCUGAUGCAAUUGACAUGCUUCAAAAUGAGCGGCAAUCUCUUCAAAAGCGCCAAAAGAUACUCCAAUCUUGUUUGAACGAGUUUAAAAGCAUUGCUCGGGUACUUUGAUGGAAAACCUAGUUCCAUAAUGGGCCCUGCAUCAAAACAGCUACAAGCCUACAAAGGAGUUCCAAGGUUUAACAUUGAUAAUUUUCCAGUGACAUUCUCUACAUCCGUCAAGUUCUGUUUGUUGUCAAUGGACGAUUGAUCAUUUGAGUUGUUGUAUGUACAAAUUAUUGUUGAUGCCUCACCUUAUGUGGCAAGCACAGUUUGCAUUUGUUGGUCACCAAUUACAUUGUGGAUAAGAUGGGUUGCAUGGCCCGAUGAGAAUACCUACAUGAUACAA